AUGACCGUCGAUGUUCUAGAUACCUUCCUUGGCGCCACAUCGCCUGUGAAGCUCGUACAAUUCAUGACCGAUUCGGGAAGCACUCAGGAAGCAGUGCUUAAACUUUACGACCGGCGUUACGGUGGGCAUAUUCGUCAAUUUUAUGGUACAGCCACAGUCCCUUCGCGAGCAUCAGAAGAUGCCUAUCACUUAUUCGUACGUCAAGGGAGAAUGCGCGUCUUUUCCCAAGUCUUGGGACAAACCUACAAAAGUGCUCCCGUCAGACCUCGUGCGGUCGAUUUCUAUAUCAACCAACAGGACCUCAGUAUCAUGCCUGAUGGCAUGGCAAGAUUUGAAGCUGCUACUUGGUACGAGUAUGACCAGCGCCUCAAGACCGAGUUUAGGGCAUACAAACAGCUCGAACCAAUGCAGGGAAAUGAGAUACCUCGCCUAUACGCACAUGUGCGUAUCCCAUUAUCUGUUGUCGACCCAGACGUAGAAGGCGUGGACACGGAAUCGGAAGAAUUCUUAUGUGUUCAUGGCCUUCUUCUGCAAUAUAUUCCUGGCCUCAGACUCAGCCACUUGCCUACACCCGGGUUGGCCCAAAUAAUAGACAAGCCGGUGCACGACGCAUUGGCGGAGCUAGCUCAACGCGCCGUCGAUGCGAUGUAUGAGAUCAACAAGUUCGGCAUUCUUCUUAAGACGAACAGCAACGAUGUUAUAUUGCAGCAAAGAAACAACGUCGCAGUCGACAGUCCCGAAAGGCCCUAUAUCAUCGAUUUUGCCGAGGCUGUGUUUAAAGAGGACUUGGUCGAGAUUUGGAUCAAGCAACGUGAAACAAAUGACUUGGUAGCUACAGAAGAUCCCCCUUGGCAUAUGGACAUCGAAUACUGGGUAGAGGCAAAGAGGAACAGCAACCCUGAAGCGCUUGCUCAAGACUUCAACAUGUAUCUUCUUCGGGUUGGAAUCUCCGAAGUGCAAUGUAAGACUCCUGAUUAUCAGGAGAUCAUUGCCCAACUUAGGCUUCGGUUUCAGAACGGGGAGCUUCAAAGCAUUCAGACUCAAGGUGAUUGA